AUGGUCCUAUCAGGGUUGCUCAAGUCGAGCCAAACCACGCCUCGUCGCUCUCAACAACGCAUACCAGUGCUCAACUCGACGGGCAGCAAUAGUUCGGGCCACAGCUCCCCAGAGCCCUCCCCUUCGCGCGAGCCUCUUGAAUCCCCCUAUAUUCGCGAGCAAGAGCAACUCCUACCCGUCGAGUCCGAGCAUCCGGACCUCCGCGAUUUAAACAACAGCCUCGUGGCUCUCGCGGCAAUGUUCCCUGAUGUGCAAGUCGAAGUCUUUCGUGAGAUGCUGUCGAGUUUUGGUGAAGAAUCCAGAUUGGCCGUGGUGACAGAGACUCUGCUCAAACAGAAAAUGCAGUGGGUGAGAGGUCGCUAUCGAGUGGUAUCGAAGGAGACGGCCGGAGGGGAGAAGAAUGAACCGGGCCAGCCAGACUCCCAGUCGCUGGUGCCAGUUGAAGAGAAGUUCAGGAGCGAAGGCUAUAAGAAGAGCGUCAAGGCCAUCACAUAUUAUGAGUUCAAAGGCCUUCCUCGUUCGACGAUCAACGCGGUACUGGCCGAGUUCAAUCACUCGUACACGCUUGCACGGCCGACUCUUGUAGCAUUGUCCUCGAAGUCAUGGCGGUUCUCGCUUUCUUCUCUAUUCUUACGCAGGAAACCCAUGUCAUCCCUAGAAGCAGAGAAUCAUCCCCUUGUAAUCUGGCAAUCUACUGGCCAAGGAUCCAUCGUCCCGACCCUCAAGGCUACCGGAUCCCCCGAGUUGGAUCAGGAACUCUUCGAGACGCUCAUUGUGCCAAUACAGAAACGGCAGCUGGCGGAACGCGAAGAGAAGGAUCGCGCAUUUGCGGUGGAGCUGAAUAACAACGAGGCUGAAGCAAAUGAUGCGUUGCACGACUGCGAAUGUUGUUUCACUCCUACGACCUUUGAGGAAUUAUCCGCUUGUAAUGAUGGCGGACAUUGCGUAUGCUUCCGGUGCGUCAGGCUUGCGGUUAAUGAAGCCGUCUUUGGGCAAGGAUGGCAAAGAAGCAUAGACCUUGCCAGUGGCACUUUGAGGUGCGUGGCUGCAAUGUCUGAUGACUGCCAAGGAUGCAUACCACAAGAACUCGUUCGUCGAGCAUUUGAGGAUGACAAGAACGGCAAGGAAGUGCUCCGUAAACUCGAUGAACGUUUGGCUGAAGACAGCCUGUUGAAAACCAACCUACCCCUCAUUCGAUGCCCCUUCUGCAACUAUGCCGAAGUUGACGAGCUCUACCUACCGGAAUCCCAACGUUCUUGGCGUAUAAAACGGAUCGGUCCCUCUUCUUUAUAUACCCUUGUGGCUUUGUUUUUAGGCGUUUGCAUGAUACCCUUCUUUUUACCUGUGCUUUUGAUUUUCUCACUCCUUUUUAUACUUCUAACUUCACGACCAAUCUUCGGCGACGUCGCCGUUAAGCGCUUCAAUGCAUCCGUCACUCGUCUGCGCCGGAAACGCCGUGGCCUCAAGUUUGUCUGCCAGAACAAAGCUUGCGGGCGACCCUCUUGUAUUUCAUGCUCGAAAGCAUGGACCGACAUCCACAUUUGCCAUGAAUCUUCGCUCUUAGCGCUUCGUACCCAAGUUGAGCUUGCAAUGUCCCUAGCUAUCAAACGUACAUGUCCUCGCUGCAACACAUCCUUCGUUAAGUCGUCUGGGUGUAAUAAACUCACCUGCGUCUGUGGUUAUCAGAUGUGCUAUGUCUGCCGUAAAGAUAUCGGCGAUGGAGAAGGGUAUCGGCAUUUCUGCGAGCACUUCCGACCUAAUGGUGGAAGAGGCUGUACAGAAUGCACGAAAUGCGAUCUAUAUAGAUGCGAGGAUGACGAAGUGGUGAUCAAAAAAGCAAAGGAAGAGGCAGAGAGACAGUGGAUGGAAAAAGAAGGCGCCGGCCUUCACGAUGAGAAAAUCAAGAAAGCCCUGCAGGAGAAACUGAAUAAGAGGUCUGAGGCGUCUUGGUGGGAGGGAAUGCUGCGGCAAUGGAGACUGGCGAAUUGGGAGCAAUGGUUUGAUGCUCUCAUUGAGACCAUCGUUGAAUGA